CAGCCAGCCUGGUGCAGUGUGCUCAGAGCAGUGCACGCCCCUGCCAAGCGAGGAUCAGGAUGGCCGAGAGCUCCAAGCUCCAGCUGUUCAUCAAGGCCAGCGAUGAUGGCGAGAGCAUUGGGCACUGCCCCUUCUGCCAGCGCCUCUUCAUGGUCCUCCUGCUCAAGGGCGUGCCCUUCACUCUGACCACUGUGGAUGUGAAAAGAUCCCUGGAUGUCCUGAAGGCUUUUGCUCCAGGGUCCCAGCUACCCGUGCUGCUGUAUGAUGGGGAACCCAAAACUGACACCAUCAAGAUUGAGGAGUUCCUGGAGGAGACACUGAGGCCCCCAAAGUACCCAAGCCUGGUUCCACGGUACAAGGAGUCCUUUGUGGCAGGCAACGAUGUCUUCCACAAGUUCUCUGCAUACAUCAAGAACCCACUGCCUGCCCAGGAUGAAGCCCUGCAGAGUGGCCUGCUGAAGGCCCUGUGGAAACUGGACACGUACCUGCGCACACCCCUGGAGUAUGAGCUCUCCCAGGACCCCCGUCUCACCGUGUCCCGCAGGCGUUUCCUGGAUGGGGACCAGCUCACACUAGCCGACUGCAGCCUGCUGCCCAAGCUCAACAUCGUCCACGUUGUUUGUGAGCACUACCGGCAAUUUGGGAUCCCCAAGGACCUGCGAGGCAUCUGGCAGUAUCUGAACAAUGCCCAAGAGGUCAAGGAAUUCAAGUACACCUGCCCCAACAACGAGGAGAUAGUGCAGGCCUAUAGCUCUGUGGAUCGGUCCUCCAGCGAGCAGAGGCCACUACCAUCUCCACGUUCACCAAUGGCUCCCCUGUCCCCCUCCAUUAAUGGCCAGUGCCAAAGCCCCAGAGCAGGAGGUGGGGCCGGGGGAAGGGUAUAGAGACAGACCUGAUGGGGCUGUGCUGUGAAAUGAGCCUGUGUGUUAUCCACAAACACCAAACAGAGGUGGAGGGAACAAGAGCUGCUCCGGGCUUGUGCCCUGAACAGCCGUGGCCCAACACUGCUCCUGGAUUGGGGUGAGCUGGGCCUGGGUUACAUCAGGGCAGUGCUAGCAGUCCUACCUGAUUUAGGAAGGGCUUUAGCCCAACAGGAGGCUGCUCUUUGGUGGCCAUCACCUCCUCUCCCUCCAGCCUGCCCCAUGUACCCUGAAGCCCUCCCCGAGGGAGGGUUUUCUGGGAAGCCUCUUCAGCUAAUAUCCUUCCAUCUUGUCUGACGUGCUCCCUCGAGGCCUCUCACUCCAGCCCCCCGCUUCUCCAGCCCCAUCAAGACUUGGAGGUAGAAGUAAUUCAUGUACAAGGAGGCGGCACGGCCACCUUCUCAAGGCCAACCCUGUCCAUCACCUGCCUGCUAAGGACACAGUGAUAACAGAAGCCUCAGAGCUGGAAUGGAGCAGAACAGGCUGCAGAGAAGACUUCUGGCAGCCGGGAGCUCCCCUGGGGCCUGGGCAGUGCAUCCCAGCCGGCGAGCGGGGAAGGCAGGCGGCAGAGGAGACCAGCAAGGCUGCAUAAAGCUGCUUGAACCUGUCCACUAAGGCUCCUCCCUGUGCUAAAAAGGGCUCAGCCCUCACUAUGCCAGGAGCCGUAGCUUCCAUUCCAGGCCACUCUGCACCUGUUGGCAGCAAGGGGCAGGUUUCCUGCAACAAGCAGGGGCUCGCAGUGGUGAGUCCCACAGAUCUUCAGGAGCCAAGAAGCCUUCCUAGAAGCAAAACCACCUGGGGGGAGGGGUAAAUACACACUAAUGCCUGGCCAUGGAAGGAGGUGGGUUCCUGCCCCAAAGGUUGGCCCAGCCCUAACUGAGCCCUGUACUAGCAUCACAGUGGCCUUUAAAGAGCCAGGGACAGGGAGGUUGUGAGGGGGAAAAACAGUUGUACAGCAGUGUGCCACCUCUGGUGUUCAAGGUCACAGGCGCUGCAAGCUGGCUCGCAGCCCUCUGCUGAGGUAUCGGGGUUGAGAGGCUCAUUGCCUAGCUACCCCCAGGCUCUCUGCCACCCGGUCCAGUAGCUACAAGGCUCAUCCCUUCUUUUGUCCCAAACCUCACCACAUUUGUCUCUAGCAGGUCAUAUUUGUCUACUGUCCUAGAGCUUUUAAGAGUCAAUAAAGAGGAAAGAAAGGCAAAGCACAGCACGU